GCAGUCCUACUUGGGAGGCGCCAUGGGCGAUCCGUCUCCAGUGGACAAGUUGCUGGAGCUCAACGCCCACUCCCGCUUCAUCAUUGGCUCCGUAUCGGAGGAUAAUUCUGAGGAUGAGACCAGCUCCUUGGUGAAAAUUGACUUGAUUGAGGAUAAAGAGCAGUCGUUGUCGCCCGGUUCGGUCAGUUCGGACUCUCUUUCCGACCUCGUUCCCUCCGCCAUCCAAGAUGGCCUCGCCAUCCAUAUGAGGUACAAAGACAUUCGGUACUAAUUCAUUACUCUCUGUCUGGUUGCUUU